AUGGUAGCCAAGUCGUCCCUUGGCGACACCAAUAGGGUUGUGGCCUCCCGAUUGGCGCUAAGUCCAUACCGCGUCGUGUCAUCUCUGCCGUCGCUGUCCUCUGUCAUGGCGUACAUGCAGCACAGUAUUCCGCUUGCCCUUGUGGCACUCAGUCCGUCCGCGCGCCUUGAGGUAGAGCUUACCGGCUACAGUGUCGGAAAGCUGCAUGUCACCCACCGUCGCUGCGGCUUCGACGGUAAGCGAGACCACCAAAAAGGCGGACUAGUAUUAAUGGCGAGUACGAUUCAAAGCCUUGAACUGAUAGUGCGGGGUCUUUGGUGGAUGGCUCGUUACCCAAAUGUUUCACUCGUCCUCGAUCACAUGGGCAAAGAGCACUUUCCUCUUUUGGAACGCCUCAAGAAGACGCUGAACUUGAGAGAGGUGCAGUUAAUAAAGUNGUCCUCGAUCACAUGGGCAAAGAGCACUUUCCUCUUUUGGAACGCCUCAAGAAGACGCUGA